ACCUUCCAUUCUCUUUGCUGGAGGGUCACAUCAGUGCAGUGCUGCCAUUGAUUGCGAGUGGAGGGCUGUGCUGUAUCACACAAUUGAUAAUCAAUUCAGGGAAAGGGGCUGCGGGCGAUGGACAACUACAGACGCUAGUAUUGUAUGGCUCUAACCUCAGAGAUAGACAGUCCGGAGACAAAUUAUUGCCUAUAUUACUGGUGUCAAACAUCCCAGAAGCAGUUUUUAUGUGUACCUCUGUACUUAACUGUCAGGGUGUGGUGAUAUGGGAUUAAGAUAUGAUCAUUCAUUGCAAAUAAUAGUGUUUCUUGGUAUGUGGUUGCUUGUGUCAUGCCAUUGGAAUUAAAUGGAAUUCUCAAUGCCGUUCCUUUUUAGUUAUCAUGGACCAUUGCAAGUCAAAUCCAAUUUUAUUGGUCCAUAUCAUGGUGGAUAUUGCAGUGACACAGUAGGUGCAGGUAGGUCAAUAGCAAGCUGGGCAUUAACCAGGCAAUCUCCUAAACACUGAAGUCCACACAGUUUCAUUGUAUUCAUAGAUAACUUAAAGGGCAACAUUAUUUGAUCAAAUUCAGAGAUAUUUUUAGUUUCAGUUUAAGCUUAACAUAAACAAUGAGUUCUUAAAUAUAAUAAUUGAGUUUGUGAAUAAACUACAACCCCCAAGAAUGUUGCACAAAUGACAAAUGUUUUAAAAUGUAACAUUGCCCAUACCAUGUCACUUGAAUAGACUAGCUGACCAAUGCUUUACUUUAUUAUGCAUCACAGAAAUAGGAAAAGUUUCCAUGUUUUGUCUAUUAUUAAGUAGCUUCCACAUGUGUUCUGAAAUAGCUUGGGGCUUGUGGGUGGGUGCAGAGAAUGUAUUGAUGUUUCUGUGUGGUGUGUUUCAUGCACGCUCCAGCGCAAUUGGAAAAUGGUUUCAUCAGAUGGAGAGUGCCAGCAGAAUCCUAGUACAAAACAUCAAUGAGCAUCUCAGCCUGUGUCAUUCUUGUGGGUUCUCUGACAGAGUAUGUGCUGGCACCCACUGCUUAUGUGGUUUAGGAUAAUAUCUGAAUUCAUAAAUAAGAUCAAGUUCAUUAAUCCUGAUAAGGAUUCUUGAAUUAAUGGCACAUCGAAAUAUUUUCAAACCAUUUUUUUAGGGAGAGGAAUAGUUCAAAGACUUGCAGACUGCACAGCAAGCAGAGGAACAGAUUGUUCCUGCACCCAGGACUACCACACGGAAGCAGUGGAGGGAGAAGCAGCAGGUGAUGGAGAAGUACUUCACUCCUGUGCAGCUUAAACAGGGGACCAGGGGCCACAGGCACGGCAAGCCCCACCUCCAUGAGCAUCAGGAGAGGGACCCCAAGCAUGGCAAGAUGGCUGACCAAAAAACGUAUCACCACAAACACCAUCCCCGCCACCACCACAACCAUGAUCAGCAUCACCAUCCUCAUCAUCACCAGCAAAAGACAGAUUGGUCAGAAGAUCAGAAUGAUCAUGGCAACCAUUCAACAUCAGAGGGCAGUAUUGUCCACCACCAUCACCAUGGCCACAACAAUCACCCUCACCACCACAAUGAGAAAUCUCAUCCCUCUUCCCCUGACCAUCCUCAUCAUCACCAUCACCAUGCUACAGAUGGGACCUCCCACCCUCAGGUUGCAGCCACCUCAUCCAGUUCCUCUGGUUCCUCAUCAUCAUCUUCAUCCUCUUCCUCCUCUUCCUCAACAUCAUCCUCUUCUUCCUCCUCGUCAUCCUCUGGCUCUUCCUCCACCUGGUCCUCUCAGACUAGUAUUAAUGAGUCCGUGAAGGAUAACAAACAUCCACUGCAGAAGCCCAAGUACUCACAGUCCUGCACUGACAUCUACAGGGGGCGGAAGGCCUAUGACGAGGAGGAAGAUGAGGAAGAUGACACAUCUCCUUUGAUUGAUGAUGAAGGCCACCUCCCAAGACAGGAAAAGAGCUUGAAAGAAAAAAAGAAAAAGAAAGCAAUGUCCUCUCAUCAGACCCCUGCCAAUGUCAUCCUGAAGAAGCAGGAGAGUUCUAAAGGGGCAAGAAUGGCUGGCAAAUUUCGCAAGGCAAAGUCAAUGGAGGCACUGUCCCAUUGUAAGGACAGGGAUGGAGAUGCAGAUACCAUUGUAGACAAGGAGUUGGAGAAAAGAGAGCAGGUAGCCAAGAAGAAUUUAGUGCAGGAAAAAUUGAAGUUCUCUGCCUUUUUGAACGAGAUCACCAGGCAGGUGUUCAGCCCGUACAGACUCACCUCCCUUGGGGUCACAGCUGCUCACAGGCCCAGCAGCCCCGGACAAGCCUCCCUGAGGUCCCCCAAGGUGGAACACAGAGGGGAGGAGAGGCAAAGACAAAAGAGUAGUCGGCCUGGCAGUGCAAGCUCUACGACCUUCAGUGUUCACUCCCAUAUCCGCAGGCAGUUCCGCUCCAGCAAGCACUCUCAUUCCAGCAAGCACUCUCGCUCCCAUCUCGGCAAACACCAGGACCACCAACACCAUCAGCCUGCAAGAGACAUACACCACAGUCCCAGCAGCCACACCGAUGACAGCACUAGCCCAGAUAAUAGCCCCUCCUCAUCAAGACAUCCCUCCUGUCAUUCAACACCACACCACCAUCAUCACCAGCAUCGCUCCCAUUCUCCAUUUCACCAUCACGGACUUCACAGUCCAUCUCAUCACCAUGGAGACCACCACAGCCCAAGCCAUCCCCAUCAUCAUGUAGAACAUCACAGCCCAACCAAUCACCAUGGAGACCACCACAGCCCAACGCAUCCCCAUCCCCAUGAAGACCACCACAGCCAAACUCAUCCUCAUGGAGAACACCACAGCCCAAGAAACCGCCAUCAACAUGGAGACCUCCACAGCCCAAGCCAUCCUCAUCGUCAUGGAGACCACCACAGCCCAACGCAUCCCCAUCCCCAUGAAGACCACCACAGCCAAACUCAUCCUCAUGGAGAACACCACAGCCCAAGAAACCGCCAUCAACAUGGAGACCUCCACAGCCCAAGCCAUCCCCAUCAUCAUGGAGACUACCCACGCAUCCCCAUCCCCAUGAAGACCAUCCCCACUUCCCAAGCCAUCCCCAUCAUCAUGGAGACUACCACAGCCCAAGCCAUCCCCAUUGUCAUGGAGAACAUCACAGCCCAACCCAUCACCAUGGAGACCACCACAGCCCAACUCAUCCCCAUCCCCAUGAAGACAACCACAGCCAAACUCAUCCUCAUGGAGAACACCACAGCCCAAGAAAACCCCAUCACCAUGGAGACCACCACAGCCCAACUCAUCCCCACCCCCAUGAAGACCACCACAGCCAAACUCAUCCUCAUAGAGAACACCACAGCCCAUGCCAUUCCCAUCACCAUGGAGACCACCACAGCCCAACUCAUCCCCACCACCAUGGAGACCACCACAGCCCAACCCAUCACCAUGGAAGCCACCACAGCCAAACUCAUCCCCAUGGAGACAACCACAGCCAAACUCAUCCUCAUGGAGACAACCACAGCCCAAGCCACCUACAUCACCAUGGAGUACUCCACACUCCCAGUCAUCCCCAUCACCAUGGACACCACCACAGCCCAACUCAUCCCCAUUACCAUGGAGACCAACACAGCCCAACCCAUCCCCAUGGAGACAGCUACACCCAAACUCAUACCGAUGGAGACCACCACAGCCCAACUUAUUCUCAUCACCAUGGAGACCACCAAAGCCCAAGCCAACCCCGUCACCAUGGAGACCAUCACAGUCCAACACAUCCCCAUCAACAGGGAGAUCACCUCAGUCCGAGUCAUUCCGAUCACCAUGGACAUCACCACAGCCCAACUCAUCCUCAUCACCAUGGAGACCACCACAGCCCAACUCAUCCCCAUCACCAUGGACACCACCACCAUCCUCUCCACCCAGAUUCUCACCGUCGCCAUGGCUCCCAUCCAGAAUUGCACCACCACCAUCAUCUGUCCCACCCUGAAUCCCACGAUCACCACCGCUCCCAUCCAGAAUCUCUCCAUCACCAUGGCUCCCAUCCAGAAUCUAUCCAUCACCAUGGCUCCCAUCCAGAAUCUUGCCACCACCAUGGCUCCCAUCCAGAAUCUCAUGAUCACCAUGGCUCCCAUCCAGAAUCUCUCCAUGAUGAUAGCUCCCAUUCACAAUCUCUCCAUGACGAUAGCUCCCAUUCACAAUCUCUCCAUCACCAUGGCUCCCAUCCAGAUUCUCUCCAUCUCCACAGCUCCCAUCCAGAAUAUCUCCAUCACCAUGGCUCCCAUCCAGAAUCUCUCCAUCACCACCAUAGUUCCCACCAAGAUUCUCAACAUCACCACCACCCCUCUCAUUCAGAAUCUCACCAUCCACACUCCCAUUCUGAACCCCAUCACAGUCCUAGCAACCUAG